AUGUCUCAGCAACUAUCUAUUCUCUGCUUUGGUAACUCGCUUACGGCUGGUUUCUAUUCCUACGGCUUAGAGUAUCAUCCAUAUGCCAUCAAGCUUAAGGCACACCUUGAAAAAGAGUUUCCAGACCUUGAAGUCCUUACCACUGUGGCUGGGCAGCCUGGCGAUUUAGUGUGUCCCCCAGGAGCAUUUCUUUCCCGGAUACAAAUGAAAUGCGACAACAAUCAUUACGACUGGGUGAUCUUUCUGGGGGGCACAAAUGACCUCGGGUACGGAUUGGAAUCUGAGAAGAUUUACGCUGGUCUCCAAGAUUCUUGGGACGUUGUCCUCCAGUCAGGUGCUAAGGUUCUUUCAUUGACUAUCCCCGAGUGCCAAGCCCGUAUCAGGAAUCUGGAUUUGAGACGCUUGGCUUUGAAUACGCUCAUCCUCAAUCAUGAGGUGGAACGAUACUAUGCCUUUGACCUCUGUAGCAAGAUUCCAUACCACAGCUCGACGGAAGACUUCGUUAAGGAAAUAUUUGAUGAUGGAUUGCAUCUUACUGCGAAAGGAUAUGAUUUGAUGGGGCAACUCAUCGGAGAGCACCUAGCAGGCAUACUAAAGGCGGAAAUUGAUGGCCAAGCACAGAACCGAGAUGAAUGA